CCCAACCUUGAUACCUAAAACCCAAUCCCGACCAGCCCACAGAAAACCACCACCCUCGGUUCUUCAUGCCCACUCUCCUCAUCACCAAAACCAUCAGCAGCAGCAGGACGGCUGCAGUCAUCCCCAAAAUGCUCUCCUCUUCAACCCGCAACCUAAACCCUAAAUCCCUAAUGGCCGCCAUCUCGGACAAAACCCUAAUCCCCAAUCCUUCUCACUUCCCAAACCCUAGGCCUCUUUCUCAAAUCGCUACCCAGCACCUCCAAGCGUCGGCUUCAAGGUCCAUUAAUGGAGUUAGAAGCGUUUCCAGUCGUAGCUCGCCGGUUGAAAUCUCGGUUACGGGGGAAAUUGAGGGCUCGGGUUCGACUUUGGUUGUGGUUUCGUUCUAUAAGUUUGCGGAUUUUCCUGAUCAUGCGGAGAUGCGGAAGCCAUUGAAGGAUCUCUGUGAACAAGCACGUGUUUCAGGUGGCAUAAUCCUUGCACCCGAAGGGAUUAAUGGCAGCAUUUGUGGGACACGUGAAUCAGUGGAGAAGGUACUAGAAUUUAUUCAAGCUGAUGAGCGUCUUAAGGGUCUAAGAUUGGUCGAGUCUCCUGUUACUCCAGAGGAAGAAGCCAUCCAUCAUGGUCACACUAGUCAUUCCCCCCUUGGAGCAGGGGAAGAUGCACCUUUCCGAUGGGAUCAUGUGCGCGUCAAGUUAAAGAAAGAGAUUGUCUCAUUUGGAGAUCCAAGUGUGAUGCCCACCGAGAAAGUUGGGAAAUAUGUGCAUCCAAAGGAUUGGAAUGCAUUGAUAAGUGAUCCAGAUACUAUGGUAAUUGAUGUGAGGAAUUCAUAUGAAACUCGCAUAGGGAAGUUUAAAGGAGCAGUUGAUCCAUUGACCGCAGCAUUCCGGGAAUUCCCAUCUUGGGUGGAUGAUGAGUUUGAAUUAGCUGAGUCAAACCAGCAGUCAGAUACAGAAGUUGAGGAAUUGAGUGCUAGUGUCAAAGAAGAGACUGAGAAUGGAGGACCUAAGAAGCUCCCUCGCGUAGCAAUGUACUGUACUGGUGGAAUCAGAUGUGAGAAGGCUUCAAGUUUUCUCCUCAGCAAAGGUUUUGAAGAGGUAUAUCAUCUGCAGGGUGGGAUUCUGAAAUAUCUGGAAGAAGUCCCAAAGAAAGAGAGCCUAUGGGAGGGCGAAUGCUUUGUCUUCGACAAAAGAGUAUCAGUUGACCAUGGACUAAUUCAAGGAAGCUUCAAGCUCUGCUACGGAUGCAAGCAACCUAUAAGUGAUGAAGACAUGGAAUAUCCAGAAUAUGAACAUGGUGUUACAUGCCCAUACUGUUUCUCCACCAAGUCAGAAGAAGAGAAGGAGAGGGCGAGAGCAAGGCAGAGGCAGUUUGAGAGUUGGGGAGUCAUCGGUGGACCUGAUAAAGGCCGGCGAAAUCCUGGUAGAACUCAGAAUGCUAGUAAUCAGAAAGAAGAAAAAGAGAUUUCUAAAUCGAUUUAGAUAGUAUGGGCACUACAAGGGAAAGCUUAGCUUUCUUGGGUCUCUGUUGUAACCUUAUAUUGGUAAAUUAACUGUGUAAUACGCGCUUAUUUACUCUGGCAUAUAGUUCUUGUCCAUUAGAUUUUUAACCCAUGUAUGCGUCCCUUAGGGGCUGUUUGGAAAUUCAUUCUUCAAUCUUACAACGUCACAA